CUGCGAUUGUCAUUCUCUCACGGAGAUAUGCUUAUUCGUCAUGGUGCUUGGACUUGUUGGCCUGAACUUGUUGUUCCUUUCUAUUCCCCUCUCUUUCUCUCUCUCUCACAGUCUUUGUUUGAUCAUCACAUUCACAAUCACACCCUUUGUUUCCCGUAUUCUCUCCUUCCUUGAUUUCUGCGAUUCCGGUUUCAUUUCGCCGAGAAAGUCUCAAGCUUUUCUCGGUUGGAUUGCUGGAAACUCAAGGGGAGGGAGGGUGCACGCAAUCUCUGUGCUACCGAUGCCAGACACUCGGCAGGCUCUGAAGAAUGCCGUUCCCAAUCAAUCCGACGGUACCGUUGAAGAGGCAUUUUGGCGGUUGACAAUCAAUGAGAAUCAAGAUGGGGGUGGUGUGACUCAGUCUAACCUAUACCCUGAUCGACCUGGUGAACCCGAUUGCAUAUAUUAUUUGAGGACUGGGUUGUGUGGUUAUGGCAGUAACUGUCGGUUUAAUCACCCUAAAUAUGCUUCACAGGUGAUUGAGAAUUACCAUUUACGUUUUGUGCGUAGCCUUGAUAUGGUGAUUGCAUUUGAUUGA